AGGAUUGGUGCGGCUGCUGCCAGGAGGAGGGGGCAGAGCCAGGCAGGGGCUGACGCUCCCGGCCAGAAAAGCCCAGCCGGGUGGCUCCGAGAGACGCACGGCGCAGCCUGGCGGUGACCCGGAGGACUGAGGCUCCCGGACGACGAGGAACCGCCCAACAUGGCAUCAGAGAGCGGGAAGCUGUGGGGUGGCCGCUUUGUGGGUGCAGUGGACCCCAUCAUGGAGAAGUUCAACGCGUCCAUCGCCUAUGACCGGCACCUGUGGGAGGUGGACGUGCAGGGCAGCAAGGCCUACAGCCGGGGCCUGGAGAAGGCGGGGCUCCUCACCAAGGCCGAGAUGGACCAGAUACUCCACGGCCUGGACAAGGUAGCUGAGGAGUGGGCCCAGGGCACCUUCAAACUCAACCCCAAUGAUGAAGACAUCCAUACGGCCAAUGAGCGGCGUCUGAAGGAGCUCAUCGGUGAAACGGCAGGGAAGCUGCACACAGGACGAAGUCGGAACGACCAGGUGGUCACUGACCUCAGGCUGUGGAUGCGGCAGAACUGCUCCGCCCUCUCGGCCCUCCUCCGGGAGCUCAUCAGAACCAUGGUGGAUCGGGCAGAGGCGGAACGUGACAUCCUCUUCCCGGGGUACACACACCUGCAGAGGGCUCAGCCCAUCCGCUGGAGCCACUGGAUCCUGAGCCAUGCUGUGGCACUGACCAGAGACUCCGAGAGGCUGCUGGAGGUGCAGAAGCGGAUCAACGUCCUGCCCCUGGGGAGCGGGGCCAUUGCAGGCAACCCUCUGGGUGUGGACCGGGAGCUGCUGCGAGCAGAGCUGAACUUUGGCGCCGUCACUCUCAACAGCAUGGAUGCCACCAGCGAGCGAGACUUUGUGGCCGAGUUCCUGUUCUGGGCUUCGCUGUGCAUGACCCACCUCAGCAGGAUGGCCGAGGACCUCAUCCUCUAUGGCACCAAGGAAUUCAACUUUGUGCAGCUCUCAGAUGCCUACAGCACUGGAAGCAGCCUGAUGCCCCAGAAGAAAAACCCAGACAGCCUGGAGCUGAUCCGGAGCAAGGCGGGGCGAGUGUUUGGGCGGUGCGCUGGACUCCUGAUGACACUCAAGGGACUUCCAAGCACCUACAACAAGGACUUACAGGAGGACAAGGAAGCCGUGUUUGAAGUGUCUGACACCAUGAGCGCUGUCCUCCAGGUGGCCACUGGGGUCAUCUCUACACUGCAGGUUCGCCGUGAGAACAUGGCACAGGCUCUUAGUCCCGACAUGCUGGCCACUGACCUCGCCUACUACCUAGUCCGCAAAGGGAUGCCAUUCCGCCAGGCCCAUGAGGCCUCCGGGAAAGCCGUGUUCAUGGCCGAGACCAAGGGGGUGGCCCUCAACCAGCUGUCCCUGCAGGAGCUGCAGAACAUCAGUCCCCUGUUCUCGGGCGACGUGAGCCAGGUGUGGGACUACAGCCACAGCGUGGAGCAGUACACAGCCCUGGGUGGCACCGCGCGCUCCAGUGUCGACUGGCAGAUCGCCCAGGUGCGAGCACUCCUGCGGGCACAGCAGGCCUAGAGCCCUCCUCUCCCCGCUCCCAAAUAAAACAGACCCAAGCGGA